UGCAUCAAGGGAUGGAGCGAGUCAUGUGCCUAUCUGGAGGAAGGUCAUUCCAGCCCAAAGGAACAGCUUUGGAAAGGCUGAGUUGGAAGUGGGUCUAAGGCACAGCGAGGGGACCAAUGUGGCUAGUGCUGGGUGAGCCACAGAAGAGUGGGCAGAACAAGAAUGUUUUCUUGAGGAUGAGAGUUAAAAUCUUCGGUGAAUUAUUUGACAGCAGAGUUCUCCUAUAGCUGGAUUUCUCAACAAUGGCACUUACUGACAUUUCAGACCAGAUAAAGAAGCCGAGGCUCUGAAAGAUAAAAGAACCUGCUGAAGGAAGGUCAUAAAGCUUGUUCAGCAGCUAAAUCAGGAUUGCACGCCAGGGUUGUCUACAGGCAACGCCUUUGGUCCUUUCCAGCACACUCCCCACCUCCUCGCUGCAAGAAAAACAGCAUAACUGCAAAUGCAACAAGAAAGACAGCAGCAUGGCCAGCGUAUUGUCCCGGCGCCUUGGUAAGCGGUCCCUCCUGGGAGCUCGGGUGUUGGGGCCCCCCGGGGCCGCCCCACCUUCGGAGCCUCAGGCGGAGCUGCUGGAGGGGGUGGCUCCCCAGCCCUUCCUUGCCUCUAAGGACACUUCCUGCCAGGAGCAGCCCAAGGAAGUCCUCAAGGCUCCCAGCACCUUAGGUCUCCAGCAGGUGGCCUUUCAGCCUGGGCAGAAGGUAUAUGUGUGGUACGGGGGUCAGGAAUGCCCCGGACUGGUGGAGCAGCACAGUGGGGCAGAGGAGAAGGUGACUGUCUGGCUGUUGGACCAGAAGUUACAAAUCUGCUGCAAAGCGGAGGAGGUGUGGCUGGCCGAGCUGCAGGGCCCCAUUGCCCAAGUGCCACCUCUAGAGCAGGGAGCCCAGGUGCCAGCCUACAGGCCUGUCUCCAGGAACAUUGACGUCCCAAAGAGGAAGUCGGAUGCAGUAGAAAUGGAUGAAAUGAUGGCUGCCAUGGUGCUGACGUCCCUGUCCUGCAGCCCAGUCGUACAGAGUCCUCCUGGGGCCGAGGCCAACUUCUCUGCUUCCCGCCAAGCCUGUGACCCGUGGAAGGAGAGUGGCGACGUGUCCGACAGCGGCAGCAGCACCACCAGUGGGCACUGGAGCACGAGCAGUGGCGUUUCCACCCCCUCGCCUCCCCACCCCCAGGCCAGCCCCAAAUAUCUGGGGGAUGCCUUUGGUUCUCCCCAAACUGAUAAUGGAUUUGAGACCGAUCCGGACGCUUUCCUGUUGGAUGAACCAGCUCCACGUAAAAGAAAGAACUCGGUGAAGGUGAUGUACAAGUGCCUGUGGCCAAACUGUGGCAAAGUUCUGCGCUCAAUUGUGGGCAUCAAGCGACACGUGAAGGCCCUCCAUCUGGGGGACACUGUGGACUCUGACCAGUUCAAGCGGGAGGAGGAUUUCUACUACACAGAAGUGCAGAUGAAGGAGGAAGCUGCUGCUGCUGCUGCUGCUGCUGCUGCUGCUGGCACCCCCACAGCUGACCCGGCCUCCGCCCCCAGUGUGACCAGCUCGCCCCUUGCCAUUCUUUCACCGCCUCCUCCCAAAGCCCAGACCUCAGGCCCAGAACACCCUGGCCUGGAAUCUUACCUGCCCUCUGGUGCUCUCAGCAAGUCGGCUCCUGGCUCCUUCUGGCACAUUCAGGCUGACCAUGCAUACCAGGCCCUGCCGUCCUUUCAGAUCCCCGUCUCACCACAUAUCUACACCAGUAUUAGCUGGGCUGCUGCCCCGUCCACGGCGUCUUCCCUCUCUCCGGUCCGGAGCCGGUCGCUAAGCUUCAGCGAACCCCAGCAGCCGCCACCUGCAAUGAAAUCUCACCUGAUUGUCACUUCUCCACCCCGGGCCCAAAGCAGUGCCAGGAAGGCCCGUGGGGAAGCUAAGAAGUGCCGCAAAGUGUACGGCAUUGAGCACCGGGACCAGUGGUGCACAGCCUGCCGCUGGAAGAAGGCCUGCCAGCGCUUCCUGGACUGAACCCGUCGAACCUGAACCCAGCAAACCGGCUCCUCCUCUAUGCUCCUGGCCUGCGGGCAGCCAGAUGACAAAAGGCAGACUCUCAGCUGAGUGUGUGGACCCUAGCAGAUACCUGAAGAUAAAGAGUGGACACUGGGAGUUUGGGCUCUAUUGACUAAGGUUUAAUACUUAAAACAUUUCUCCCCACCCCCCUUGUGGGAACAUUUUAUUUUUUUUUAAAAAGGAAAAAUUUUUUUCCCCUCAAAUAGGAGAGAGCCAAAACUGACCAAGAAUAUUCUGCAUCAAACCAGAGACCAAAGAAUUAAUUACCCUCCCUUUCCCACAACCCCUCUCUAGGGGAUUAUUUUGUAUGCAUCAAAAGGAGGAACAGCUCAUUCUGUUUCCUGCUGAGUUGGUGAAUUCUUUGCUUUUUCAACUCUUCCAGAAGGGACUAUGAGCAAGAUGAAUUCACUUUUCUUAAAAAAAAAACAAACAAACAAAAAAACAAAAAAAAUGUUCUGGCUAACGACACAGAGAGCAGUUAGGACCUGCCGUGGAUGGGGUAGGAUGAGUUGGGGUAUCUGGGUGAUUUUUAAGGUGCAGCUGGCCGUUCUUCUCCACCUGAAUCAAGGAGAAGGAAAAGCUUGUUCUCACCAAGCAGCUUCCAUGGAAGUAAAAGGAAAACCCUUUCUUGGGGACAACUAUUUGAAUCUGGGUCCCCUCAGAUGUUGGGUGGCAUCCCAACAAAUAAUGUAUGGCUUCUUCUUAAAGCCCAUACUAACAGGUUUUUUAAAGACUGUACCCAAAUUGCUGAGCCAAAAGGCUAAUAUGAAUUCACUUUUUCAAAUGUGGCGGUUAAACACUACCUUGAUACUCUUUUCUCUUUCCUUGAGGAAAAACGAGAGGGUUUUAGUAUCUGUGAAAGCUCUCUGCUGUUACCUGAGUGCAUAAACUUUCUCUUGAGUUUCGUUCCUCCAGUGAUAGAGAUGACACCUCUAAAACACUUGGUUUUCUUUUGAUAUUGUGUUCAGAAGCUGUUAUCUGAUUCAAGUUCUCUUUUAUUUGGAAGGUAGUUUCCUCUUUGUCUCUGGUCUCACCAGGGAUUUCCCAUUUCCCUCCCAAAGCUGUAGGCAGGGCUGGCCUAGGGAAGGAGAGAGAAGAACACAGAUAGAAAAGUAAGUGGCAGCUUGCCCCAUGAUGGAAAAGGAGUUGACAGUCCCCCAUUUAUUUGAUGGGCUUACCUGCCCCUCUGGAAGCAAUCUGGUCUUCUUCCUUAGGUGGCAAGUAGGACAAGUCUUCAGUCAAGGCAGGAGUCUUUUGGAGUUUUUAUCAGUCUUGGUUGAGUCCGGGCAAUGGAUCAAGGUGUGACCUUCCCAGAUACAUACUGAGUCCUGUCUCUUGUCUGAAGGCGGGAUAGCGAAGGUGAAGGAGAGUCCUGAGAAAAUCACGUGAGGAAGACCUGGGGUUGGAUUCUAGCUCUUGGUGCUUCAGCCUCUGGUGUUUCUGGAGGCCUCAAAUAUUGAGGGGAGAUUGGAGAGCAUUGCUUGGGAGGUAAAUAAGCAAAGCAGUUGGAGUUGUGGAGGAGCGGCGAUGUGGGGAGUUCAAUGCCGUACCAACCAGUGGUUGAUUAAGACGGGGCGGCUGAGCCCCGAGGGUGUUUCUUUUGGAGCCUCCCCUUUCUUUGGAGUGUGACUGUGGGGACUUGUCGGGCCUGCUUGAAUGGGGACCACUGGUGCCCAGCGCCUUGGACCUAUGUCCCAGAUGUCGGGCUCAGGGAACCCCACUAAGACAGUUCUCUGGGAAGGGAACAUCAGCACGCUUCGCUUGACUCUUAUUGAGGUCAUCCUCUUGGUCCCAGCUGGAAAUACCUGGCUCUGGAAGCCCCUCCUGCCACUUCACGUGGGAAAUACGCAUAUGCUUCUUAAUUUGAGACAUGCUGAGUGUUAGAAAACCUGCCAACCUAAGAAUAGGGUCUUGAUAUUGUGAACGGUGACGGUGACCUGGGUUUGGUGACAGAAGGGAAAGACAGUUAUGCACAGGAGUCUGUGAUGGUGAUGGGUAUAUUUUUAUAACUUAGUUAAAAAAAAAAAAAGGAUCUGGAAUCUGUCCCUUGGUAAAGCUGGAAACCAGGCCAGCCAGAGGUGGCCCAGGGUUCUUCUUCCCGUUCCUUCAGCUUCCCUGAGAAUUAAAAGCUGCCAGCAGGUUGUCGCUUGUCCUGGCUCCACUCACUUCCCAUGCUGUCCAUCUUCAGGUCUUCUUGGGGAGGGGAGGGAACAUAUGAGACGUGGGGACUCUGCCCAGCAGCGUCUUCUCUUCCCUUCUUAAUCAGAGCUCUUGCUGAGUCUCGUCUUUAGAAAAGCUGGUUUCAUUCCCUCCUAUAACUGGAUAUAAAGAUUUUCUCUAAGGGCGGUAAGCUUCUCUUGUCAUUGGUACCCAGUCAAGGAAGAGAGAAAGAAGAAGCUGAUGAAACAAUUUAAAAGUGGAGGUGGUUUUAUUUUUUUUUUUUUUAUGUUUCGUUUUAGUGCGGCUUUUCCUGUCUGCAUUUGCUCCUCUCCUUUCACGUAGGGGUGGCUCCGCGGCGCCCCUUCUGGCUUCCCUUCUCCCGUACCUCCAUCUGUGGCUGUUGUUUUGGUUCUUGACAUGUGGUCUGUCCUUGGGGUUGCCCCAUUUCUUUCUCCUCAGAGGGUGGUGGUGGUGGUGAACUGAUCCAGCAUUCAUGCCUGUUUUUUUUUUUCUCUAUCUCUCUCAGUCUCUCUCUCCGCCCCCCCCCCCCACUUGCCAGCCCACCUGGGCAGCAGAAUCUGAUACAAGGUGAGAUGCCAUAGAUGCACAUUUGAAACUAACAGGACUGCUGGUCCAAAGCAGUUAUCUUGGGAAGCUUUCUUCCCAAGUGAUGUUACGCUUAUUCAAAAUAUUUCUUGGGAUUACCUUGGGAGUCUGUGAUGGUCAGUCUUGCUCUGACCAGCCUUGAUGAUACUAAAUCUGCACUUGUGCUUAUCCAGUGCAGAGAAAGUCCAUCAAGUGAGGCCUGAGCUGCAAAGUACACGGGCUGACUGAAACAGCUUGGGUUUAAUUAUGUGACGGUUAGCUGGCUGUAAAAGCCAGGCUGUAAUAUCAGAGAGCGUCUUGAGCUACGUCUACAUUGUCACAGUAAGCCCAUAGCUUGAUUCCUUGGAGGACAUUAUUAAUUUGGAUGUGGAAACUGAUUUGUUUGAAGAAAUCUGUCCUGUGACUUUCUGGUCCUUCCAGGUUCUGACUUUACCAGGGGCAAACAAACAAACAAAAGAAGAGGGAACUAAAUCCCAUCUGUGAAUUUGUAUUAUUGGCGCCUUUUCCCGCAGCUGUCUUCCAAGUAUUAUUUUUACUGUUAAAAAGUUUUUUUUAAAUGUGAAAUGUAAUGUUUUUACAGCUACAAUAUGAAAUAUAUUUUAUAAGGA